GUUUAGUAAAAGGGGCGGAUCUGAGUUUUUAAGAGUGUAAGGACGCUAUUGUUGCUUUGUUAUAAAGUCUAUUCAGUAUUGCGAUUGUUAUUUGGAUCUGUUCUGCAAGCUGUUGAAGAAAAUGAGCAAUGUGACUUUCUUCUUUUUGAUCUUGUGGAGUCUGUCUGGUGUAUUUUGUGAUAAUGAGUCAGUGUCAGUGAUGGAUGGAGAUUCUGUGACUUUAUCUGUCAAUCUCACUGAAUCACAGAGAGAGGAGGGAAUCUCCUGGAAGUUUGGACGUACAGGAGUUCUUAUAGCUGGAAUCAUGAGAGAAGACAAUAAUGUCAGGUUAUUUGAUGAUAAACCUGAUGGGAGAUUCAAAAACAGACUGAAGUUAAACAAUCACACUGGAUCUCUGACCAUCACAAACACCAAUAUCACACACACUGGACUUUAUCAACUAAUCAACACCAAGACAAACAUCAAACUCAAAACAUUCAACAUUAAUGUCUAUGCUCGUCUGCCCGUUCCUGUUAUCAGCAAAGAUUCUUCACAAAGUUCAUCAUCAAGAAAAAAUCACUGUGUGUUAUUAUGUUCAGUGUUGAAAGUGAAAGAUGUGAGAGAUGUGAGUCUGUCCUGGUACAAAGGAAACAGUUUAUUGUCCAACAUCAGUGUGUCUGAUCUCAACAUCAGACACUCUCUACCUCUGGAGGUUGAAUAUCAGGAUAACAACACUUAUAGCUGUGUACUCAACAAUACCAUCAGGAAUCAGACUCAACAUCUUAACAUCCAUGAAGUCUGUCAGUCGUGUUCAGACUUCUGCUGUUGUGGUUUUACUGAAGCUGUGAUCCGAUUGGUUGUCUCUGCAAUGGUGGGCGUGGCUACUGUUGCUGUUCUGGUUUAUGACAUCAGGACCGAAUGAGAUCAGAUAUUUGAAAAAAUAAAUGAAUUUGUAUUAUUAUCAUAAGAUAUGUAUGUAAUGAAUAAGUGACGACGUGCCGUUGAAUUAUAUGAAAAUAAUGUUGGAGGGUUGAGACUUAAUUUGUUCACAACUUUCUUUUGACAAAUCUUAUGUUAACAGACAAUUUGAGAAAAUGCUUUGAAAUGUAUAAAAAACCCAACAAUACACCAUGGGCAAAUUUACUACCCUGUAGUGUUGUUCAUGGAUGAAAAAUCCACUGAAUUAAUCUGCUGUAAAAAUG